AUGAUUAAACCUGAGCAGGUCCAACAGGUUCAGAAAAGGUUAGCCGUAUAUCAGCAAGGUAGUCAGUUUUCUUAUUAUUUGUCCUCCGUUAGUCAACUUUAUGAAAUAUGUCAAAGUGUGUUAAUGGGUAAUUUAACAGAGGAAUCACAAUUCAAUGAGGCUUCUUUAACGAAAUUAAGGCAGAAUAUUGGCACGAAGUAUGUUGAGAAUAAGAUUAUGAUAGAAUGUGAGAAGAUGAAGGUAAAUGUGCAGGAUAUUAGUGUGGAAUCCGCACUUGAAAAUGCUAAAGCUGACUUAAAAGAGGUGCUUCCAAGCCUGCGAGAGUUUAGAAAUGAGCUUGAAAGCCGCAAUGAGCGUUUGGAACAGAUGGCAAAGGAUAUUAAGGAUUUUAAUUAUGAAAACCACCAGCUGGCGAUUGCGAUGACCACUUUGAAGCUGAGUAAAGAAGCUUGGGUAGACUUGCUUGGUGAAGCCGCUUUUGAUAAAUUACUGGCUUCUAAGGUAUUUCAUGUCGAGCGCAAUGGCUUGUACACUAUCCGAGAGAGGUUGUUAGAACCUGAAGAUGAAUUGAGACGCAUCAACUCUGUUAUGAAGGACGAUAUCAGAAGACUUAACCAGGAUUUGCAAAACUACCAGAGUAAAUGGCUGCAGAAUGCGGAAGUGGUAGAGCGGAUUGGAGAAGUAUUACGACAGGGCCUUGUUGAUCGAAGCGAUGUGGUGAAGCCUGGGGAUGUCGAUAUAGACGAGGAAGAGGAAGAUGAAAGGUACAUGAGACAAGACGAGGCUAGUGUACUAAGCGCAGAAGGUGAUGAUUCGGAUUCCUACGAAGAAGACGAAGAUAUUGAUGAGGACGAUAACGAGAGAUGGGUUGGCUCUGACUCACCUCACGAAGUGGAAGUAGAAAAGCAAGAAGAGCAUGUUAAUUCUGUGGAACCCGAAGAGGAACAGCCAAAUGACCAAGUUGAUGGAAAUAGCCCCGCAUUUACGUCGGAAGGCGAUAAUCAUGACGUUGAGAUGAAGGACGCUACACCUGCUGACGAUGCUACCCAAUAUACUGCGAAUAACGACAAUAGCACGGACGCAGGUGCGCCGAGCGUGUGA